CAUAAAAACCAAAAUAAUUAAUCGGGCUCAAAAUUAUUCAAUUUAAAUUUUAAACAUGAAUACGCGUAAUUUAUUUCGUGUUUUAAGUAGGCCAGUGCUUAUAAAUAGUAUGUCUAAAAGACAUAAAGGAUACAAAGUCGUAAAGCGUCCCGAUCCGAAUACAUUAAAAAUGCCUAACCUAGCGGACGCGCCGAGUAUUAUGACGAUAAUUAAAGAGAAAUUACGCCUCAACGGGCCCUUAACUGUUGCUGAAUAUAUGCACAUAGUUAUUACCAAUCCCACAGAAGGUUACUACGAGAAAAAAGAUGUUAUAGGUGUAACUGGUGACUUCAUAACCUCACCUGAAGUCAGCCAGUUGUUUGGAGAAAUGUUAGCUGUAUGGUUUUAUGCUGAAACACAGAAGAUGUGUCUGGGGAAACCUUUGCAGAUAGUUGAGUUGGGCCCAGGAAAAGCCACUCUUUUAAUAGAUAUCUUGAGGGUGCUAAACCGAUACGGCUAUAAAGCAGCAGAUGUCAGCCUCCACCUUGUAGAGAUAUCAUCAACAAUGCAGAUGGUACAAGCAAACAGACUUUGCGUUUCUCAUAGUGAAAUGGAUUUGGAAAGCCCCCAUAAUCGUGAGGGUGAAACAGUGAGUGGUAUAAAAGUGUACUGGUAUAAUGAUUUGAAGAAAGUACCAAAUAAUUUCUCUUGGUACAUUGCCCAUGAAUUUUUUGAUGUUUUACCUAUUCAUAAAUUUGAAAAAACAGAAAAAGGAUGGCGUGAAAUCCUCAUUGACCUUGAUGAGAACGACAAAUUACGUUACAGAAUAUCGGCUAAUGAAACUCAGUCAACCAGAGUCCUUGUAAGGCCGCCUUUAGACAAGGGGGACAGGGUAGCACUUGAGAUAAGUCCUAGAAGUCUCGGUAUUGCAAAGCAACUUGCUAAUAGAGUUGAUCAAUUCGGUGGUUUAGCGUUAAUCGCUGAUUACGGACACGCCGGUGAAAAGGGGGAUACUUUUAGGGCAUUUCACAAGCACAAAAUAGCGGAUCCGCUAGAAAGUCCUGGAACUGCAGAUCUAACGGCAGACGUAGAUUUUAGCCAACUGCGAAUAGCUGCGUCAGUGGCACCUGGAGAUGAGAACUAUGCGUUAGUGGUUGGGCCAGUCACCCAGAUGGACUUUUUAGAGCGACUGCACGCUAAUGCUAGACUACAAGUGUUAGUGGAUAACGCCAAUACGGAAAAUGAUAAAGAAAAAAUUAAGUCUGCAUAUGAUAUGCUAGUAAACCCAAAGAAAAUGGGUGAAAGAUUCAAAUUUAUGGCCUUCUAUCCUUCCGGAAUGGCGCGAAUUUUAGAAAAAUACCCUCCACUAGGGUUUUCAGCACCCUAGAUAUUUACUUAUAUGGUAUUAUCAUUGAGUUGAAUAAUAUAACUCAAUGGGUACCUAUUGUUUGAAGUAUGUAGAAUAGGUAAAAAAAACUGUUAAUGUGUAAAUAAAUUAAUUGCUUUGAAACGAA